AUGGCCACCACGUUGCUGCAAACUUCUUCCUCCACCUUCGGGGGUGGCUCGACUCGAGGGGGCUCCCUCCGGGUUGGGGGAGGGGGCUUUGGUGGAGGGAGUCUCUAUGGUGGCGGUGGAAGCCGUAGUAUCUCGGCCUCUUCGGCCAGGUUUGUCUCCUCGGGGUCAGGAGGGGGAUAUGGGAGUGGCAUGAGCUGUGGCUUUGGUGGAGGGGCUGGUAGUGGUUUUGGUGGGGGUUUUGGUGGUGGCUUUGGUGGGGGUUUUGGCGGUGGCUUUGGUGGGGGUUUCGGUGGUGGCUUUGGUGACUUUGGUGGUGGCGAUGGUGGCCUCCUCUCUGGCAAUGAGAAGAUCACCAUGCAGAACCUCAACGACCGCCUGGCCUCCUACCUGGACAAGGUGCGCGCCCUGGAGGAGGCCAACACCGACCUGGAGGUGAAGAUCCGAGACUGGUACCAGAAGCAGAGCCCUGCCAGUCCGGAACGUGACUAUAGCCAUUACUUCAAGACCAUUGAAGAGAUCCGGGACAAAAUCCUGGCUGCCACCAUCGACAACUCCCGGGUCAUCCUGGAGAUUGACAAUGCCAGGCUGGCUGCAGACGACUUCAGACUCAAGUAUGAGAAUGAGCUGGCCCUGCGCCAGAGCGUGGAGGCCGACAUCAACGGCCUGCGCAAGGUGCUGGACGAGCUGACCCUGGCCAGGACUGACCUGGAGAUGCAGAUUGAAAGCCUGAACGAGGAGCUGGCCUACCUGAAGAAGAACCAUGAGGAGGAGAUGAAGGAGUUCAGCAGCCAGCUGGCCGGGCAGGUCAACGUGGAGAUGGACGCAGCACCCGGUGUGGACCUGACGCGCAUGCUGUCUGAGAUGAGGGAGCAGUACGAGGCCAUGGCGGAGAAGAACCGCCGGGAUGCUGAGGCCUGGUUCUUCAGCAAGACCGAGGAGCUGAACAAGGAGGUGGCCUCCAACACUGAAAUGAUCCAGACCAGCAAGACGGAGAUCACGGAGUUGAGGCGCACCAUGCAGGGGCUGGAGAUCGAGCUGCAGUCCCAGCUCAGCAUGAAAGCCGGACUGGAGAACUCAUUGGCGGAGAUCGAGUGCCGCUAUGCCACACAGCUACAGCAGAUCCAGGGGCUCAUCAGUGGCCUGGAGGCCCAGCUAAGUGAGCUCCGCUGUGAGAUGGAGGCUCAGAGCCAGGAGUACAACAUGUUGCUGGACAUCAAGACUCGGCUGGAGCAGGAGAUCGCUACCUACCGCAGCUUGCUUGAGGGCCAGGAUGCUAAGAUGGCGGGCGUUGGCAUCAGGGAAGCCUCCCUGGGAGGUGGUGGCAGCAGCAGUUUCCACAUCAAGGUAGAGGAGUCAGUGGAUGGAAAGGUGGUUUCCUCCCGAAAGAGAGAAGUCUAA